CUGCAUCAAACACAAAAUCACUUCUCAUCUUCUCCCAUAGAUAUCACACUUUCUCUACUACUUUUGCAGUUUUCAUCCUUAAUCUAGCAUCCGCUAUCAUUAUUUCCAAGUUGCUUUCGGAACACACUUUUACAUUACUACAAUAAUGGAAAAGUUACAGAAGAUGAUCUCCGAGAAGUCAGUAGUGAUCUUUAGCAAGAAUUCGUGCUGCAUGUCUCACACAAUCAAGACUCUCUUCUUAGACUUUGGUGUAAACCCUACGAUCUAUGAGUUAGAUGAGAUCAAUAGAGGAAAUGAGAUAGAGCAAGCAUUGGCUCAGCUCGGCUGCAGCCCCACCGUGCCCGCGGUUUUCAUAGGAGGUCAGCUCGUUGGUGGAGCCAAUCAAGUCAUGAGUCUUCAUCUCAAUCGCUCUCUACUUCCAAUGCUUAAGCGGGUUGGGGCGUUAUGGCUUUGAUUAAAUAUAGAGAUAUACUUACGUAAUAAACAUGCAGGUAGAUUUUGGCUAGUGUUUGUACUUCUCCUUUCCCCUGUUUAUAUUUAUAUAUUUAUAUAAAUAUGCAAGGAUUAAUAAAAGAGUAUUGUAUGUACUGCCACUUGAGAAUGUAUAAAUAUGGAUUAAUGUUAAGUUUGAUACCUCCAA